UAUACAGGUAGAAAAGGAGGCCACAAAGGCCGAGCAAGACAGUACACGAGUCCCGAAGAGAUCGAUGCCCAGCUCCAAGCAGAAAAACAAAAGGCCAGGGAAGAAGAGGAGCAAGAAGAAGGAGGUGAAGGAGCAGCAGGAGACCCCAAAAAGGAGAAGAAGUCUUUAGAUUCAGAUGAGAGCGAUGAAGAUGAUGAGGAUUAUCAGCAAAAGCGCAAAGGAGUGGAAGGGUUGAUAGACAUAGAGAAUCCCAAUCGUGUCAUUCAGACAACCAAAAAGGUCACUCAGCUGGACCUGGAUGGACCUAAGGAACUCUCACGACGAGAGCGAGAGGAAAUAGAGAAACAAAAAGCAAAAGAAAGAUACAUGAAAAUGCACCUAGCUGGCAAAACGGAGCAAGCGAAGGCCGAUCUCGCCCGACUAGCCAUCAUUCGGAAGCAAAGGGAAGAAGCUGCCAGGAAGAAAGAAGAAGAAAGAAAAGCAAAAGACGAAGCGGCCAUGGCAGGUAAAAGACUGCAGUCACUGUCCCUCAACAAGUAAGCACAGGACACACCAGAGGAGGAAACACCAGGGAACUGUGCCUGGUGCCUGCCAGGAGCUCUGUGGUGUUGCAUCCCAUCGAUGCCACGUAGGGUGUACUGCGGCAUCGACGUCACCU